UGAGGCAGGUAGCAAGCCCCCGGAUGCGAUUCAGUUGACGACGGAGCAGGCCUCAUGUGUCGCAGCGCUCGGCGGGCCGCGCGGAUUGUUCCUGAGAGGUCCGGCAGAGAGUCAAUAGUGGGCAGGCGCACGAUAUACCGGCCGUCUGGAGAGCGAGUAUGAUGUCGGCGAUAGUGCUCUUCGCACUCCAGUUCGGCCUUGGUGAGGAUCGGAGAUGGCCUACGAACUUCCUCCUGCUCCCAGAACCGCCGAACCAGGCAGGUGAUGUCCUCCUCGAUUUGGCAAUGGCCCUCGCGGAUGAUUACUCCGUAGACGUCGGCGCCCAGCAGAAGAUCUACUGGAUCCGCGGAACGGAAUUCUGGAUCGGCGAGCUCCAGGUCCUUAAGAUGGGUCCAGGACUGCAGACUUUGGCGGCAUCCUCCGGCGAAGAGAGUGAGCUUCGGCAGGAUCAAGGCGGCGACGGAGUUGGACUGGUCGCCGUUGUGCGCUCUAAAAGUAAGCUGAACCUUACCCUUUGCAACUCCCGUUUUUUUCUCGCCGAGUCCAUAAACGCUGACGGCGGCGGGCAUGCGAGGCAGUCGCAGUCGCUGAACCAAUCGCUCCGAUAUGAUGGAAGACUCUGAGCCCUGGUCGAUCAGCGCUCGGGCGGAAUGCCAGGAUCCGUGGCCAUCGAGGACGCGGACGCGAGCUGUGGC